AUGCAAUCGGUAUAUAAACUUGUCUCUACAGUGAACCAAUUUUACAGGGAAAUCAAUCCCGCUACACUUUCAGGAGCGAUUGAUGUAAUAGUUGUUCAACAACCAGAUGGUGAUCUUGCUUGUUCUCCGUUCCAUGUAAGGUUUGGGAAGCUGAGCGUGCUCAGGCCUCAAGAAAAAAAGGUUGAGGUGACUGUCAAUGGAAAAUUGGUCGAUUUCCCGAUGAAAGUUGGGGAAGCUGGUGAAGCAUUUUUCAUUAUAGAAAUGGAGAAUGAAGUUCCACAUGAAUUGCAAACUUCACCACUUGCAGGCCCUACCCAACCUUUGUCAAGCGAAGAGGAACCAGAUUUUCUCGAUAUAGGAGAAUCCAGAGCUCGUAGCCCAAAAGAACCAAUAGCUGAUCGAGUCGAAAGCUUCGUUGCGUCUGUUCAAUCUGGAUCCAGCUCAGACAUUUCAACCGAAGAUGGAUGUGAUGGGAAUGUAAAGCCAAAGAUUUUAGUUGCAGAGCCCGAGAGUUUGACCUACCAUGGAUCAAAUGGGGAAGAUAUUUCAAAUCAUACCAAAGGAUCAGACGAAACACCUGUUGCCGAGGAAUCAAUUUCAAAUAUCACGAAAUGGUCAGAGGAUACACUUGUGGCCGAAGAAUCUACGAAAGAUAAUACGUUAUCGGAAAUUGAAAAUGUGAUGACUUUGGAAGAAAUACAAGUGCAAUCUAAUUUUAAUUCUCACAAUGACAUACAGAAUAAACAUUCGAAAGAGGCGGCCAAUGCCUAUGAAGAACAAAAUGAGAACAAUGAAAAUAUAGGUCAAAAUGAAUUUGAAGAAACGCCAAAUAGCCCUUCAUUCUUGGAAGUAAAAAUGCGAAGCGAAGCAGAGCUUGAAUCUCAGCUUGAUUAUAUAACAUCUAAAAAUCAAAAUAACGUUAUAAAUCAGAAUGGUGUCUCUUACGAGUUGAAGAUAUCAAUUGAUAAAGCUAAUACAAUAAUGGAUGGUCAUAAGUCGUCUGCUACACAUAAGCUAAGCAUUGACGAGAGAGUGGGAAUGAUUCCAACCACGGAUAAAAAUCAAUCCAAAGAUCAGCAAGAUGCGGAACAAGCCCCAGCAGAUUACAUUUUGGAUAAGUUGAAUAAACCUGUUACUGUUUCACGACCAAUUAUUGAACGUCAAUCAUCACUGCCGAUAGAAUACUCCACAUGGGAAAAGCCUGAAGGACCUUUUUCUGAUACCGAAUUGGAUGAGACACGAAAACCAGAAAAUCCGAUCGAGCGCCGUGUCACGCGAGUUAGUCCCUUGAGUGAUACGGAACUUGAGUACGAGCCUAAAAAACCGUCGACGUCAUCCGAAGAAUGGUCGUGGCGUUGGGGUGACUUACCAGUAAGAACUUCGGAUAAAAUGUUACAAUGGCAAGAAGCCUCGGAGAACAAAGAGUGGGAAGAAAAUGAAUAUGAGAAAGGUGUUGAAAUUGACGGCAAAUUCCAUCGAAUAUCUAUGUCGCUUUGUGGAAACGAAAAAUUUGGACAUGAUGAAAUUGUUGAUGAUGAGUUAUUCAGAAAGAAUGAAAUAACAUAUGAACAUUUUUGUGUAAAUCCGCAUCUACUCAAUGAAAAGGCCUUGGUGUUCAAGUAUGAGGGCAGAUAUUAUACUUGGGCAACCGCAGCACCGAUAAUGGUGUCUCUCCUCGUUUUUCAAAAACCGCUUCCAAAAACCACCAUUGCCUCUUUAUCGUCAACGACAACGACAAAAACAUUACAACCAUCGGAUCGUCGAAGGUAUAGUUUUGGGCGAGGUUGGAGCCGAUGGUUUCGUGGUUCUGCUUCACACAAUACUCUCGAUCAGACAACGAAAUCAAUAGAAGAAAGCGAAGAUAAUGACACGAAGCAGCUUCAAAUUCAAAUGCACCAAACUAAACAUUAUGCAAAAACAUUGAGAUUAACCUCGGAACAAUUAAAAAGUCUUAAUCUGAAGAAGGGAGGCAACACCAUAUCAUUUUCCGUUGCUUCUUCAUAUCAAGGAAAGGCUACAUGUGUGGCUAAACUAUUUUUUUGGGAUUAUGAUGCACAAAUCGUCAUCUCUGACAUCGACGGGACAAUUACCAAAUCUGACGCGCUUGGUCAUGUAUUCACCAUGAUUGGUAAAGAUUGGACUCAUUCGGGAGUCGCCAAGUUAUACACAGAUAUUCGCAAUAAUGGAUAUCAGAUAUUAUAUUUAACUAGUCGUGCAAUUGGACAGGCUGACUACACUCGAGAUUAUUUAAGAAAGGUAGAGCAAGAUAAAUAUCAAUUACCCGAUGGACCAGUUAUAAUGUCACCGGACCGAUUACUCACAGCAUUUCAUAGGGAAGUUAUAAUACGAAAGCCCGAAGUUUUCAAGAUGGCUUGUUUACGUGAUGUAAAGAAAUUAUUUGGUGAUCGGAAUCCAUUCUUUGCUGGGUUUGGCAAUCGAAUAACGGCAUGUCUCAUUAAUGUUGAUGUUCCAUCCUCAAGGAUUUUUACUAUCGAUUCUAAUGGAACAGUGAAGCUAGAAUUAUUAUCAGGGUAUAAAUCUUCAUAUAUUGAUUUGAGUGAUCUAGUGGAUCAAAUGUUUCCUCAUAUUGGAUCCAAAAAAUGGGAUACAGAGUAUAACGAUUGGAAUUAUUGGAAACCUUCAUUGCCAAAGGUUGAAAUUCCACCCGAGAUUUAUUUAAGUAAUACGCCAACAUCAGUUCCAUCUUCGCCUAAAAGUGUGCCUGGAAGCUCACCUCGAUUAGGUAUGAUACGGAGUUUGACUGGAAGCAUAACAAGAUCAAAUAGUAAAUCAAGACCUGGUAUACCGGAUUAUUCGGCACCAGCUUCAUCGGAGUAUGGUGAUUCAUCUAAUUCUAAUGAAAAUGGAAGACAUAAUGAUAGAUUAACAACGUCUGCAACUAUAAAUGGUAUUGGCAAGAGAAAAGGCAGAGAAUCUCAAUUUAAUCCAUAUUUGAACGGAGAUGUUGAUAUGCCAGGAAGAAUGGACAUUAUUAUCGAUGUUGAUGAGGGCAAAAAGGAAGAAAACGAUGAUAAUGAGAGUGACGAUGUUCCCGCAGACAUCGAUCUACGUGAUAUUCCUUAUUAA